UUUUUAAGUACUUGCCUUGUGUUUAUAAAACAGUGGAUGGACAUGGCUGGUUGUGUGUGGUAGUGUGAGAGUGUGUGUGUGUCUCAGAAGUGCAUUAGUGAAAAAUGAUGGCCCUCGCAAAUGUUACAGUAUGAAUUCCGAGAAGCGGAUAUUUCUGAAAUGUAACUGCAGUUACGCACAAACGACUCGUAAGAAAAGGACGCUAUUACCCAUAUAGACAUGACUGCAAGAGGAAAACAGUGAUACAGAUUAUCAUAGUGCCUUCAAACGACGCCAAUAACUCCGUAGAAAACAAGAUGUUAUCCAGUCUGUAGCCGAACUGUGAUACAAGAAUGAAACUGAAAGUAAGGUUAAGGCAGAGACACUUCCGAUGUAUCCCAUUUCUUCUACUACUCCUUACUCAUUUUUGGUCUGUGGAAACGUUUCAAAAUAAACAAAACUCAACGAUUGGCGAAAAGAGCGAAACCCUUGUUGGCGUCUGCUGCAACGAUACGACUCCACCACAGUUGGUUAAUAUUAAAUUUUCGUCACACAUUGUACGAAAUGAAUACAUUGUGGCAUUUGAUGGUUACUACAAGACAACUACAAGAGAAAAAUUCAUAGCUGCUGCACUGAAUAAUUCUGGUAUUGAAAACUGGAAGAUACUGCCUCGAAACAACCCAGCAAGUGACUUCCCUAGUGAUUUUGAUGUAGUAUUGCUAGAUGAAACAGAGAAACUUAAUGGAUUGGAAGCUCUCAGUGACCAUCCAUCUGUGAGGCGUGUAACACCACAGAGAGUAGUUCACCGUACUCUCAAAUACGUGAAUCUCACAGAUGAUCAGCAGCGUAAAUCUGAAUGCACGGGAUCAAACUGCCUUCAACCGACGUGGCAAUCAUCUCGUCAUAUGCGAAGAUCAAGUCUGGCCAUUAAUAAUCAAUUUUGGCAAUCUACAGGCAGGCACACCAGCAGGAGAUUAUUGCGAGCUGUUCCAAGACAGAUUACAAGUAUUCUUCAAGCUGAUGCUCUUUGGAGUAUGGGAAUAACAGGUACUGGAGUAAAAGUAGCUGUUUUUGAUACUGGACUGGCCAAAACACAUCCACACUUUCGGAAAAUCAAAGAACGUACCAACUGGACUAAUGAGAAGACCUUAGAUGAUGGCCUAGGUCAUGGAACUUUUGUUGCUGGUGUAAUUGCCUCAAGUCAAGAUUGCCUGGGGUUUGCACCUGAUUCUGAGUUACAUGUUUUCAGAGUGUUUACAAACAAUCAGGUGUCCUAUACAUCCUGGUUUCUGGAUGCUUUUAACUAUGCAAUUUUAAAAAAGAUUAAUGUACUGAACCUUAGCAUAGGUGGACCAGAUUUCAUGGACCACCCAUUUGUUGAUAAAGUGUGGGAACUCACUGCCAACAAAGUAAUUAUGGUUUCAGCCAUUGGAAAUGAUGGACCAUUGUAUGGGACAUUGAACAAUCCUGCUGAUCAGAUGGAUGUGAUUGGUGUUGGUGGUAUAAACUUUGAAGACCAGAUAGCAAAAUUUUCCUCUCGAGGAAUGACAACUUGGGAAUUACCACAAGGGUAUGGGCGUGUAAAACCAGACAUAGUAACGUAUGGAUCAACUGUUCGUGGAUCAAGCAUCAAGGGUGGAUGUCGCACUCUUUCAGGAACUAGUGUGGCCUCUCCAGUUGUAGCUGGAGCUGUAACGCUUCUCAUGAGUGGUGUCUUACAUCGAGGAAAUGUAAUAAACCCAGCCAGUAUGAAGCAGGCGCUAAUGGCAUCUGCUCGUCGAUUACCUGGUGUGAAUAUGUUUGAGCAAGGACAUGGGAAGCUUGACUUGUUGAAGGCAUUUCACAUACUCAACAGUUACAAGCCACAGGCUAGCUUGAGUCCAAGCUACAUAGAUCUCAGUGAGUGCCAGUACAUGUGGCCAUACUGCACACAACCACUCUACUAUGGGGCCAUGCCAACCAUUGUAAAUGUGACCAUUCUUAAUGGUCUGGGUGUCUCAGGUCGGGUGACAGAGGUACGGUGGCAUCCGUAUACUCCACAGUUUGGACACCACCUUGAUGUGUCAUUAACACACUCUGAACUUCUGUGGCCAUGGUCCGGCUGGCUGGCAAUCAGUAUUUCUGUCGCAAGAGCAGCUGCAGGUUGGGAAGGAAUUGCACAGGGACAUAUAACAGUCUCAGUAGAGUCACCACCUGAAGAUGGAGAGACAGAUUCUCGACAUUCUUCUGUUAACCUGUCCAUCAAGGCUAAAAUUGUGCCAACACCACCACGUCACAAACGUAUUUUGUGGGAUCAGUAUCAUAACUUACGGUAUCCCUCAGGAUAUUUUCCUCGUGAUAAUCUACGCAUGAAGAAUGAUCCGUUAGAUUGGAAUGGUGAUCAUAUUCACACAAAUUUCAAGGAUAUGUAUCAACAUUUACGCAACAAUGGAUACUAUGUGGAAGUAUUAGGGUCUCCUUUUACAUGUUUUGAUGCAUCUCAGUAUGGUACAGUCUUACUAGUUGAUGCAGAAGAAGAAUAUUUCCCUGAAGAAUUUGCUAAACUAAAAAGAGACGUGGAUAAUGGACUUUCUCUCAUUGUAUUUGCAGAUUGGUACAAUGUUACAGUAAUGAAGAAAGUAAAGUUCUAUGAUGAAAAUACAAGACAGUGGUGGAUGCCAGACACAGGUGGAGCAAAUAUACCUGCAAUUAAUGACCUGCUGUCUUCGUGGGGAAUUGCCCUUGGAGACAGAGUCUUUGAAGGCCAGUACACCAUUGGUGACCAUGACAUGUACUAUGCUUCUGGUACAUCCAUUAUUAGGUUUCCAGAAAAUGGAACUGUUAUAUUUCAAAAGCUGAAAGACCAAGGGCAUGAAGUACUUGUAGAAGAUUCCAGUGUGUCAGAGAAUGUGCCAAUUCUGGGAUUGCUUCAAACAAAGGCUUCAGAAAAAAGUGGCCGCAUUGUGAUCUACGGAGAUUCAAACUGUUUAGAUAACAGUCACUUGGAGAAAGAUUGUUUUUGGAUGUUAAGUGCCCUUCUGGAAUUUACAUCAACUGGGCACCUUCCCACAGUUUUCAAAGAACGCCAAACAGAAUUCAGAAAUAAGGCAACAGACCUUCCACAGAGAAUGGAGGGAAACCAUCUCCACAGGUAUUCCAAAGUUCUGGAAAAUCGUAUGGGAAGUCUACAAACAAGAGACCUGCCACCUUGCCCAACUCUUGUUUGGGCACAGCCAGUUCCACUGAAUCAAUCUGCUCCAACCAAUCUGUAUAAGUCACAGAAGCUCCUCUCUUUGGCCCAUGAGGACCAGCAACAGUUGUGGAACUUUGGGUUACCUCCAAGAGGUGGUCCAGGUGUUCUGUCAGACAUCCUUUCUGAAGAACAAGGGGGGUGGCGAAACGACCUUUCAGGCCUUGGCAACUACGAGGAAGAUGGCCUGUCAUUACUGCCACCUCUUGCACUGAUGUUCAUGUCUUGUACAGUAGUGUUCCUAGCAUUCCGAUUUUACCGUCAACGCACAAGAUCUAGAAGGAAACGUCCUCUACGUCUUAGAAAAUUUGCAACAGCCCUGAGUGUGAACCGUGUGCCAGCUGUAUGAUAUGUGUAGGCAAGCAGUUAGUCUUCCAAACUGUAGUAUUUUUAUGACUUAAAAGUAUUCUUUUGUACAUACAUACAUAUAUAUAUUUUUUAAUUUGUCACGUGGAGGAAGUUUUUAAUGUAUAUUUAACAGGCAGGAUUUUUGUUAGUUAUUUGGUAGGUCUCUUCUCAGUAUUACUUGCCUGUGUAGGUAAUUAUAUUAGCAUAAUGAUAUCUAAACUUCAUAACAUUUUCCCAAAACUCUUCUUUUUUGUGAUUGCGAAAUGCGUACGUGUGAACUCCAAAUGUAUAUCCUACGUACAUUUUUUCCCCCUAUUGAAUGUGUUCAGUAAAAC